AUGCGCCGUCUCAACCUCGUUCUGCUGGCCAGCCUGCAGCUGUGCAGAGCUCGGCAACCCGGAUUCAGCAUCCACGAUGAUAUGCUGGCUUACCCUCAGUUUGAAGUCGUCUUUCCAGACACCGUAAUUCUCGAGAAAGAUGCACAACGAAUCAUAGAAUCAUCACGAUCUGCCCAGACCACCUACACUGCCGAUUUCUCUUCGCAGACGGACCUUACCAGCCAGAUCCGCGAGUCUGCGGCGGCUGACGCUGGCCAAGAUGGCGAUCCCGAAGACGGCAUGCCAGAAGUCUCUGAGGAAUUCGAGAUCAUCAAUAUCCCACCUUCCCGGUUCCUCUGUUCCGUCCCCGUGCUCGCACCACCUCCAGCCCCCAACCAAACUGCGACAGACCUAGCGAAGGCAGAAGAGGCCCGCGAGCUUGCACGGGCCAACACGCGAGGAUGGGAGCUCAUGAGUGAUCUCGAGAACCAGUGCCUCUAUUUCGUGUCAGGCUGGUGGAGUUACAAGUUUUGCUACGGACAGGAUAUCAUCCAAUUCCAUGCGCUUCCCACCAACAUGAAGGGCGGCCUUCCGGCUCGAGAUCCACACAGUCAGGAGUAUGUCCUUGGCAGGGUGCAAGAACCUCCUAGCACCAAGAAAAGCAAGAAACAGAACAAAGAGUUGCAGACGGAAACCAAUAGCCAGCAGACCGACUUCAAGCCUCCUCCACACACCGAAUUACAGGUCAAGGGCGACCAGCGCUAUCUGGUACAGCGCAUGGGAGGUGGCACGCUUUGCGAUCUUACGGAACGCGAGAGGACCAUUGAGAUCCAGUACCACUGCAAUCCGGGGUCGACGGGCGAUCGUAUCGGGUGGAUCAAGGAGAUUACUACAUGUUCAUACCUCAUGCUGGUCCAUACGCCUCGCCUGUGCGAGGAUGUCGCAUUUUUACCACCAAAGGAGACUCGCGCACACCCCAUCAGCUGUCAGCGUAUCUUCGAUUCCGAAGAAGAAGCAAACGCCUGGCGUCUGCGUAACAGCAUCGAGGCCGCAGAAGCCGCUGGUACUCUUCAGGGCCAGGAGGAGGCCGAGGAGAAGGGUGAGGGCGAAGACGCUACACAGAGACAACAGGACGCGCAAGGCGGGAACAAGUUCAGUGGCAUGGAGAUUGGCGGGAUCGUUAUCGGCGGCAAGCAGCUUCACGGCACGGACGACGGCCAACCCCCGCCCAAGCUGAAGCCGCCUCGAGGAUUCGUUGCGGGAAAAGGGGCUUCGACGAAACCACUCAUCGAAACGCUUGCUAGGGCUCUGAGCAAGGCCGAGGGCGGCCAGGUGGAGAUGAUGAACGACGAGGGUCUGGAAAAGCGCAACCUCGACCCGGACACCAUUGAACAAUUCCGCAAGGAGCUCGAGAAAAUAGCGGGGGACAAAGCCUGGACGCUCGAGGUAGUGGAAGUGCCGGGAGAGGUGCCAGAGAUUCGGGGCAUUGUGGACGACGGGGAGGGCGAAGACGAUGGCGAAGCUGGUGAAGGCGAAGCCGAGGUCGAGGGCGGGGAUGGCGACGGGGACGAAGGACAAGGAAGCGAAGAGAAAUUCUUCAAGGAGGAGCUGUGA